AUGACUGACUGUCGUAGCCUGCGGGAUUGCUUGCUUGAAAAUGUCGAUGAUUUGGAUUUUAUAAUUAAACAGAUAUUGGAGUCCUUGCUAAAUCGGGAUAAACAUCGCCGUGGGAAUGAAUCACUGAAUAGUUUGGUUACAUUAUUUGAAGGUCGUAUAAACGAAGUCAAAAACCUCCUUGGACGGGUCGCUGAAUUUCGUGCCAGAGAGAAUUUGAUCCGACAGCUCGAAAUUUGUGUCCAGGAAAGAAAUGAGAUCAUUGAUAAUGCAACAACAUUGGUUUUACAGGCAAACAAUAAGAUUCACUCUGUACGAGAAUCAGAAGCUCAUCCAGUGAAUAGUGAAGUUGUUAUACGCUUAGCUCAUCAAAUAAGCAAGAACUAUUCAGUGUCAGCUCCAUUGUAUUGGCAGCAAGGUGAUCCUUCUCGUCCAUUCCCGACCGAACCUGAGUUCCGUGCGUCCGCCCUUGCAGCACCGAGAACAAACCCUCAAGUGGUGCCUUCAACUUUCAGCCUUCUGCGACAACAACAUGCAACGGUGUGCUCUUCAUAA